ACACAUGUUUUCAGCUGACAGGGCUGGGGUGAGCGAACGGAGCUGAACAGCUGCACAAAGGAAACAAAAAGGAAACUAGUGUUUUGUUGUCACCCUGCUAGUGAGGCUCAGUUGGGGGGUAAAAACGGGUCAACUGGGUUUUUAUCUGUUUGAGACAAGGAUAGCUUUCAAGGGACAUGUUCACUAUAUGACCACUUGAGUUGAAGACAACUUGAGUAGCCAUGACCACAACACGUGGAGUACUAAUGCUCCUGUCUGCUCUCUGCUGCUGCCUAGCGGACAAUGUGGAGCUGCUCCGCACUAAGAGAGGGACUCGUUUUUACAGAGGUGAGCCUGACAGGCAGCCAGCUAGACGGACGCUUUUGAUUGUUCAUGUCCAGAAGUCUUCACCUUCCUUUGACACUUCCCUACAAUGUGUGGAUAGUGAGACGUCAGCUGUGCGUAGUUUUGGGGACACUUGGCUGCGAUGGAGGGGACAGCGUGUGGAGUAUUGCCAUUGUGCAUUAAGAGGACGAGAACGUUGUCAUUUUGUGCCCGUCAUCAACUGCUACGUGUCUCAGUGCUAUAACGGAGGAACCUGUAAAGAGGCUGUGUACACUUCUGACUACAUUUGUCAGUGUCCCCCAGGCUUCAGUGGGACUCACUGUGAAAUCAACACCAAUGAGAAGUGUGCAGUGGGGCAGGGUGAAGGGUACCGCGGCACAUGGAGUAUCAGCAAAUCAGGAGCAGAGUGCAUCAACUGGAAUUCUACAUCUCUGAGAGGAAAGAAGUUCACGGCUAGAAAAGUGGACGCCAGCAGUCUUGGACUGGGCAAUCACAACUUCUGCAGGAACCCCGACGAUGACAGCCUUCCUUGGUGUUACAUCUAUAAAGGCACUCAGAUCGUCUGGGAGUUCUGUUCCUUGCCUAAGUGUCCUCAAGAUAAGUACCAGGAAUGUAUGCAGGGCUCUGGUCAGUCAUACAGAGGCACAGCAUCUGUCACCAAGAGUGGCUCUCGCUGUCUCCCGUGGGACUCCCCUGCUUUGAAGCACAAGCUCAACAAUGCCUGGAGAUCUGAUGCACUGGAGCAGGGGCUGGGCAGCCACAACUUCUGCAGGAAUCCAGACGGUGAUGACGGUCCAUGGUGUCACACCUAUAAAAACAUGCUGCUGACCUGGGAGCUGUGUGACAUACCUAAAUGCUCGAGACGUCCAUCUAUCAUCACCACUUCUGGCCCACGUGCCCCCACCACUAACAACAACAGAGCAACAUGUGGGCAGCGUCAAGACAACACCUUGAAUCGACCGGCGUUCCGCAUGUUUGGGGGCAGAGAGAGCGACAUCACAGAGCAGCCGUGGCAGGCAGCCAUUAAUGUUUACCAAUCCCGUCUCAGGAAACACUUUCACCGCUGUGGAGGAGUCCUCAUUGACUCCUGUUGGGUCCUGUCUGCUGCACACUGCUUUGAGGACAAUGAUAAAGCAGAAAAAUUGGAAGUCAUUUUGGGAAGAACGUUUCGGAAACAGAAUUCCAGCAGCGAGCAGAUUUUUAAAGUUGAGAAGUACUGGAUCCAUGAGAAAUUUGACAACGAAACAUUUGACAAUGACAUCGCUCUCUUGAAGCUGAAAACGGACAUUGGCAUCUGUGCUAUAAACUCUCCGGAGGUUCUUCCUGCGUGUCUGCCUGAACGUGGGUUGGUGCUGCCCGACUGGACUGAAUGUGAAAUCUCAGGUUAUGGAAAAGACACUGAAUUUUCUGCACAGUUCUCUGAGCGUGUUAAGAGAGGUUAUGUUCGCCUUUGGCCCAGAGAACGCUGCGUCCCAGAUGUUCUGUCUGGACGCACAGUUACCUCUAACAUGCUGUGUGCUGGUGACACCCGAGGCCUGGAUGAUGCCUGCAAGGGAGACUCCGGUGGCCCACUCGUCUGUCGAAACAAUGACAAGAUGACUCUGAUGGGUGUGAUCAGCUGGGGCGACGGGUGUGGGCAGAAGGAUAAGCCUGGGGUCUACACUCGUGUCACACAUUACAUCAACUGGAUCAAUGACAAGAUUAAGGCAAACCCGGUCUAAAGUAAGGGAGGCUGCCAAGAAGAUAUUGUUGGAUGACCAUACCCAUAAACACAGUGGGUAGAACAGAUGUGUUUAUCAUUGAGAAGAUAGACGGAGAGAAGACUCUGAUUCUGUUCAGGGUUUAUCUGUUGAUCUAAAUUCAAACUGAGGUUUUAAACCAGCCGAACCACUCCUACAGAGAGGCACAAGAGGGACCACAAUUAUGAGUUUUUUAUGCUCAAUGUAUGUUGAGCUCCAUGGUCUCUUCCUUACUGUGUUGAAUGUGACAGUAUAUAUGGACAAAAACACAGGACAAACUCUUUUUCCUCCUCCUGGGCCACCUUGAUCUUAAUAACAUUUUUUUAUACAAAGUUUUAAUGUGUUUUCUUAGUAUUUCAUUCGCCAAACUGGAGGGUCAGGCAGGAAAAUAGGAAAUAUCAGUUUGUUCCUCUGCUCUUUCUGGCUGGCUUUAUGCUGGUUUAUAGACGAAGUCACAGCGGUAGACUUCAGGUCAGUAGCACUCAACAUAAGCAUUCACUUUGCACAGUACAGUAAGUCACAUAGGAAUGUAGGCAUUUUUGAAAGUUUUGUGCAAAGACUAUGUUACACACUUGUCUUUUAAGAUGGCAGGUUGUAUUGGCUUUAACAGUUUUAAUGCUUAGUUUGGGGCUUGAGGGUUUCCAGACCUGCACCCAAAACACAGAACCUAUCUGCUGGUUCAGAUUCUGCUUGUUUCUGCAGUUCUAGCUUGCUGCCGCCUUGUAGAUGGGAUUAGAUUUGGACAGGUGGAAGCAGGAAACUCUGAGAGACUCACUCGAUUCAACAAACCUGUGUCCUGUUUCUACACGUCACUAUAGAGGAAGAACAUAAUCUCACUUGUUCUCCACUAUUUUUUUAAACCAGAUUUCCAGAGCACUUCUCCUCCAGACACCUGGGUUGAGCCCAGCAGUUAUAUUGUCUGAAUAUUGAUUUUAUAUUGAAAAUGUUCUAUAUUAAACUGCUUAUUGACUGCAAAGCUUAUCUCCUUUGUUGGGUUUUACAUGUUUUGUACUAAGUUAAUAUUUAUAUGUAUUUUAUAUUGUUUUUGAUAAACUACUUUUGGAUUGUGUGUAUUGUAGUUUAAUAAUUUAUUGUCACUGUAAUUAUAACCACAGCUAGCAACAUACUCCUUUGUCAAUAAAUAAUGUUUGGAAUACAUUUUUGUAUGUUUCAUGCUUUUUGACAUUGUGGUAUUUUAUCGUCAUUAAUAAAUUACUGAUAAAUUCAUUACAUCAUGACAGCUGAAGGAUCACUAAUGUAAAAAAAGGCUCAGUUUAUCAGCCUCUGAAUUAAAUUACGUUUCGUUGAGCACAUUCCUUGGUCAUGACUAAUGAAACACUGAGUUGUUGAAAUGUACUUUAUCUUGUGGACCUUUGCCAGUACCCGUUACUCAUU